AUGGCUAGACUCAAGGGUAUCGCUAACCAACAAUGUGGUGACGACCACAAUGCAUUAUCAUCUUUCCAAGCAUUGGCCGCAUUUGUGUGGAGGUCCAUCACCCGGGCUCGCGACUUACCAAAGGACGAGCAAACCACUUGCUCUGUCGUAAUGGGUACUCGAAGUAGGCUUAACCCGCCUGUUUCAGAAGACGUCUUUGGGAAUUUCGUUCGUAAAGCCCAAUGGGCUUGUGAUGUGGAUGAAUUACUGGGUAAUGAUUUGGGUCGGGCAGCAUUGAAUAUAAGGAAAUGCAUUAUGGCCAUUGAUGGAGAAGCGAUACUUGAUUUCUACAAAAAGUUGUCUAAUUCCCCGAUGGUGGUUCGACGAGGACUUAUUGAACCUGAACCUUAUUGGGGGUCGAAUAGCGUGAUAAUAGGAGGAUCUACGAGGUUCAAUACUUACGGCCCUGAAUUCGGGUUCGGUCGAGCUUUGACUGUUCGUACGGGUUAUGGGAAUAAGAAGGAUGGAAAGAUAGUUGCAAAUCCUGGUUGUGAAGGAGGAGGAAGUGUUGAUUUGGAAAUUUGCCUUAGGCCUCAUAUUAUGGCCGCUCUUGAAUCUAAUCAAGAGUUUAUGAAUUUUGUGUCAUAG